CUUUCAAGAGUCAUCAGUGAUCUUGUGGAGUGCCUUUGGAAAAGACUUAGUUCUUCAGAUUAAUAGUGAGAGAUUGAGGAAAGAUGAAACUUUUGCUGGUUUUUGUCCUGGUGAUCGCAGUGGUGGCUGUGGCUGCUGAUUCGAAGAAAACUACCACCACUAAGAAGCCGACAACUACAACAACGAAGAAAACAACAACUAAAACUACUACAACGACGACGACGGCCGCUCCGGAACCAACCUGUGAAUCCGUUUACCAGGAGGAUUGUAACAUGUACUAUACCUGUGCCGGAAAUGGCCGAGCUGUGCUGGAGAAAUGUCGCGAGGGAUACAUCUACUACGAGCCGCUUCACGUUUGCCUUCCGGGUGAUCGCGAAACCUGCAGCCUGUAUCAUGUCUGAUCUUGAAGACGACGCAGAAAAAUAUGUUCAAUAAAACAGCAAACCUCAAA